UACGCGACUGAACUGCUGAUUCCACCAUAAGUUAAACAACCACAAAAUAUUUGCUGGAGGCUUAGUGGAGCUUCUAUUACGUUUUUACAAUAAAGAGGUUUCCGCGUUCUUACAGGAAGUUGAUCUUUGGUCCGUGCGGAAGGGAAGUUUAACUAGUCUACGUUCCCGUGAAGACUAAGGUGCUUCCAGGCGCACGUCGUUUUUUAAUAGAUAGAUUGUCUUUACUUUGCAUAGACCCACAGAGGCUUCGCGAUUCAUUUAUCAUUAUGUCAUCUUUGCUUUAACGCAUCCGCACCUGGCUCUCUUCUCUCGGCUUAUAUAGGCUACUCUGAAAAUGAGUGAUCCGAGAACAAACUGUUUAAAAACAGCACUUCAGUUGACUUCUCAACUAAUGUUGGCAGUGGGGAUACUGGUGUGGCUGAAUGGAGUUUACCUGCUGAUAAAGUAUGGCGAGUAUAGCCGCUUUUUUUCAGAGUCCUACAUGACCCUGACAGUUUUGGUCACAGUCACUAGUGCUGCGUUGCUAUUGGUCAUCGGAUGCGUCGGCUCCUGGGUGAGCCUCAAGGAUUCCAUCUGUCUACAGGGACUGUUUGUUUACCUCCUAGUUGUGGUCUUUUGUGUGAAAAGUACGGCUUCAGCACUGGCUUAUUUCCAUUCAGUGACGCUGGAUACAGAGAUGGCUCCCUUCAGUGGAGUGUUUGAGAAUUACACCGGCAGCAGCGAGGACUCCAAUUCUCGGUCUGUGGAUGCUAUGCAAGAGGAGCUCAAAUGUUGCGGUGUGAAGAACUACACGGACUGGCUGGAAACCACCUGGUUUAAUAAAAGUGGAAAGCUCAGGUUUCCUUACAGUUGCUGCAAUGUUACUUUCCCCACUUGUAAUGGCACUGUUCACCAGCCAUGGCAAAUUUACACACAGGGCUGCCAUGAGGAGCUGUCGAAGGUCAUACAGUUUGCGCUGAAAAUGGUCAUGUGGAGCUCCCUAUUGGUUUUUGUGGUGGAGGUUUGAAAGACUUUAAACAUUUCUGAACUGCAUAUUGUGUAUACAUUGCAUAUGAAAUGCACACCUAAAAGAAAAAUGAAACACUGGGAGACCGUUAUCAUGAGAGCAAGCUUUAAUCUUAUCUUUAAUUUUAGUUUGGCCAAAUAUUUAGCACAAUAUCUAAUAUGUAAAUUCAAUUUUAUUUAUACAGCGCCAAACCACAACACCAGUCACCUCAACGUAGUUUAUAUUGUAAGGGAGACACUAUAAUAAUACAUACAGAGAAAAACCGAACAAUCAUAUGACCCCCUAUGAGCAAGUACUUUGGCGACAGUGGGAAGGAAAAACUCCCUUUUAACAGGAAGAAACCUCUGGCAGGCCAGGCUCAGUGAAGGGUGGCCAUCUUUCUUCCACAUGCUGUGGAAGAGAACAAGAGAUUAAUAACCAGUAUGAUGUCAGAAAAUAGACAAAUGAACAACAAAAUUUCCAAAGCCUGGACUGACAUAUUGAAUUGACCUAUUUUGUCAAACAAAAAAAUCCAAAA